GAGCAAGCUACAAAUAGUAAAACCCAUCCCCUACGACAAAAUGGCCGACACAAAGCAACCCGACUGGGCCGCCGAAGACUUGGAUGCCGAUGAGCUCCCCCCCACCACCGAAACCGUUGACGCCGACGGUAUCACCACUAUCAUCAGCUGGAAACUCAAUGAGGACGACAAGAAGGUCAAGGUGACCAGGAGAGUCAGAAGACGGUUGCAAGUCUCGACCGUGUCGGAGACGGUCGCGCAGAGGAAGCAGUUGCCCAAGUUUGGUCUCGAAAAGGGAAAGCCCUCCGGUCCCGACAGGAAGACGACAAUCAUUGGCGAGAACCUCCAUUUCAAGAUUGCCCCCAUCGGCAAGAUCCAGGCCCAGGCCGAGCCUGAGCCCGAAACCACCAAGGCGCCUACCGGAAAGGUAGUCGUGUGUCGACUUUGUAGCGGUCAGCAUUACACCGCCCGUUGUCCGUUCAGGGAAGAACUUGCUGCUAUCGACAGCCUCAACGCUCAGGAUGGAGAGGAGGCGGAGCCCGAGCCCAGUGGUGCUUUGGCUGCCAGGGGUGCGGGUCUUACUGGCAGCAAAUACGUGCCCCCAUCCCAGCGAGUUGGCGCUACUGGUACCGGCGAAACCAUGUUCCGAUCUCGAGACGACCUUCCCACCCUCCGUAUCACCUCUCUUUCACAGGAAGCCUCCGAAGACGACGUCAGGGCUCUUUUCCAGCGCUUUGGUACCUUGGGGCGUGUCAACAUCGUCAGGGAUCGUAUCACCAAGGAGAGCAAGGGUUUGGCGUUUGUCAGCUUCGAGAGCAAGAAGGAUGCGGAGACUGCCAUGGCCAAGAUGAACGGUUACGGUGAGUCCAGGAUGUCGGCCCCCGAUAGAACACGAGCUCAUGACAUGCUUAGGUUACGACUCUUUGAUUCUCGAGGUUGCUUGGUCACAACCUCGUGGGGAGAGGCCUUAGGAGUGAUGUGUAACAGUAGUUUUGGUGUAAAUGAUCAAAAGUAUAGAGCAUUUGCCGCCUUGUACAUGCACCCAUCUUCCAUAGUCAUCAGCCCCAUGCGGCGCCCAUGACCCGGCUGGCUGAAUCGUGUCGCACUUCGUUUGAUCUAUACCACCUAUCAACUCCGUUCAUUUGCACUGUGUUCUGCACGAAUGGCUCUUCCGUGA